CCCCGCUUCGAUCCAGCACUGACACCCCGCCUCGCAGGGGCCCAGGCGGUGGAAGGGAGCAAGGGCGAGGUGCUGGAAGCCGGAAUGGAACCAGGAGAAAGGAAGAGGCUCCCGUCGGCGGCGGCGUCAGAAGGAGAGCAGAGAGAACACAAGUUAAAACGAGGAAUUCCCCAAGACUUGCUUUCUUCCCCCAAGUUAGACAAAUACAAAAUAGCAAGACAAUUGACAGACAAGGCGGUCAAGGAGAAGAAGAUUUUCUCCAUCUACGGACACUACCCGGUGAUCCGAGCCGCCCUGCGGAGGAAGGGCUGGGUGGAGAAGAAGUUCUACUUUCUGCCCAAGCCCGUGGCAAAGGUCGAAGGCGAUGGGGAAGGGGUGGCAGAAAACAGAUGUUCUGAAGGCAAAGAAAAUCAGGAAGAGGCUUUGGAGAACACAGAUGACAUCCAUGAUGUGAUGUCCAGGUUGGUAAAAAAUGAAAUGCCGUACUUCCUCUGGACACUCAAAAGGGACAUCGUUGACUAUCACAGCCUGAGCUGUGACCAGAUGCUGAACCACUACGGGAAGACAGCGGCCUUCACCACCAAGAUCGGGCUGUGCGUGAACAUGCGGACCCUGCCGUGGUAUGUCCAGGCCGACCCCGACUCCUUCUUCCCCCGCUGCUACGGCCUCUGCACUGAGAGCGACAAGCAGGAAUUCCUGGACGACUUCCGGCGCACAGUGGCCUCCAGCAUCCUCAAGUGGGUGGUCAGCCAGCAGAACGGCAGCAAGAGCAAACGCAAGAGCAGCAGAGGGGAGGCCGGUGACAGUGACCCCAGCAGCAAGCAAGUUCCUGAGAACACGAGAUCGAGGCUCAUGGGCCUCUCGGGGCAGCUUGUGGAUGCCGCGUGCAAGGUGUGCGAGGCCUACCUAGGGCGGCUGGAGCACAAGGACAUUGACCUUUCUGAGGAUGCCGCCGAGGACCUGACAGAGGACGAGUGGAAGGACCUGACCCAGCAGUACUACUCCCUUGUUUGUGGCAACGCUUUCAUCUCCAGUUCGAGAAGCCGCUUUUCGCAGUGCCAGGCUCUGCUGAAUAAAAUCACCUCUGUGAACCCGCAGACGGAGAUUGAUGGGCUUCGGAACAUCUGGAUCAUAAAGCCGGCGGCCAAGUCCCGGGGCCGAGAUAUAGUGUGCAUGAACCACGUGGAGGAGAUCCUGGAGCUGGUGGCCGCAGACCACCUCCCUGCCAAGGACAAGUGGGUGGUGCAGAAGUACAUCGAGACGCCGCUGCUCAUCUACGACACCAAGUUUGACAUCAGGCAGUGGUUCCUGGUCACCGACUGGAACCCCCUGACCAUCUGGUUCUACAAGGAGAGUUACCUGCGGUUCUCCACGCGGCGCUUCUCCCUGGACAAUCUGGACAGCGCCAUCCACCUGUGCAACAACUCCAUCCAGAAGCACCUCAAGAACGACAAGGGCCGCAGCCCCCUGCUGCCGUGUCACAACACGUGGACCAGCACCAGGUUCCAGGAGUACCUGCAGAAGAGGGGCCGCGGGGCCGUGUGGAGCAGCAUCAUCUACCCGUCCAUGAAGCGGGCCAUCGCCAACACCAUGAUGGUGGCCCAGGGCCGCGUGGAGCCGCGCAAGAACAGCUUCGAGCUGUACGGCGCCGACUUCAUCCUCGGGCGCGACUUCAAGCCCUGGCUGAUCGAGAUCAACUCCAGCCCCACCAUGCACGCGUCCACGCCCGUCACGGCCCAGCUCUGCGCCCAGGUGCAGGAGGACACCAUCAAGGUGGUGGUGGACCGCAGGGUCGACCGAAACUGUGACACUGGCAACUUCGAGCUGCUGUGGAGACAGCCUGCUGUGGAGCUGCCCCCGUUCCAGGGCUCUGACCUCUUCGUGGAAGGCGUGGGCGCUAGGAAAGCCAAGAGGCAGAUGCCGCCCAUCUCCACCUUUGAUUCUGCAUCUUCGCUCUCGAACAUUCAGCCACUGAAGGAGAGGUGCCCCUCGGCCCUGCCAGGCCUGGCUCCAGCACCCCCACGGACAGCUCUCCAGCCUGACUUGAGAAUGAAGGACGAAAAGGUACUUGCUUGCACCUUGCCUCUGCCCUUAAACAGGCCAGCAGGGAGAAGCGCUAAAGUGAGCUGCGACCUCUCCGAGCCUGGCAGCGGGAUGGAGCUCCCCACCUGUCACCUCCAGCAUCUAGACCACACCGCCCCGAACACUGGGCUCACCAGAGUCGAAUCCGACAAACGCUGGGAUCCAAACUUAUUAAAGGUGCACCCACUGCGGUCUGUGCUGCCGAGCAUGAAGACAGUGGAAGGUGCCCAGUGUCCACCACCCAGGCCAUCAGGUAACAGAGCUGCUUCGUUCCUCCAACGCUGGGCGCCAGAAUCCGCUCCCACAUUCGUUUUCCAAACGCACCCUUCUCUCCACCGGCCCCUGGACCCUCCGGGAGCCUCCUGUCCGGCGGAAGCCACCACGACAGCCCCUUCUGAGCUGCGGCCAGAGGGCGGGGCAGCCGGCCCUGCACCCGGUCAGGACGCUGAGCCCCCCGAGGCCUUUCUAACGGGAAGCGGUUCUGGGUUUCGCGUGCUGCUGGACUGGGGUGAGAACCCGUCUCAAGGCGCGGCUCUGCAGGGGCCGCAUCCUCCAGCCCGCGGGUUCCGCCGCCCUCCGCGCGCCCACCUCCUCCCUGCGGCGCCGCCUCCCAACAUCGGGUCCCUCGGGCUCCGCCAGACGCUCCGACCCCCGGGCCGUCGUCUGGCCGCGUGGCCGGUUCGCAGGAAGGACAGAAGGCAGCUGGCCAGCAGCUCCAUCCCCUCCAGGGGCCCACGCAGCCCCGAGGAGGGGACUCGGGGCACAGGCGCCUCCGGCCCGUGGGCACCGGCGCUGCUCCCGCGGCAGCUCCAGGCGAGGCUGCCGGGCCGCUCGGGGUGCACACCGCCGAGUCCCGAGGGCCGCUCAAGGAAGGCGAGCGCCGCGCCCGCGACUCGGCCGGCCGCCAGCCCACUGCCGCGCGCGCUGCACGUGCUCGGGUUGCCUUGCUCGGGGCGGGGGCCGGGACGCGAGGACUCGCCUCCUGUCGGCCCUCCCGCCUUCGUGCGUCCGCGUCGGCUUGCGCUGCGGGGGUGGCGCGGGGCACCCUGCGACCUACCCGGCCCCGCGGCCUCGGUUGGGGGGCUUCAGCGGGACUGGCGGCACUUGCUGCCAGGCUACCGGUUGGGUUCCAGCCAGCACCGCAUGACCCUCGUCCUCGCGCCAGGGCUGCCCAGGGGCGGCAGCCGCGCUGAGUGCAUCCGUCCUGCACCAUUUUCCCUGCCGAGCGGCGUCUGGUUGUGGCUACCAGGGGCCCUCCGAGCGCCGCCGUGCCUGGUGUGCCGCGGCUUGCUGCCGCCCGCCGGUGCCUGCAAGCGCUGCAGCUCCUUCCGCGCCGCGAUCCAGCAGGGCUCCUGCUUCGUGCCCCUGGGCGGCGAGCGGGGCGGCGGCCUGUGGACCCCAUGA